AUUAACCUGUAAAGGUAAAGAAAUAGAAAAAAAAAAAACAAGAAUCAAACGACAGAAAAAGAGUGCAAGUGGAUGUAGUAGGUUAGUUCAGAAUAUGACGCAAAUUUGAACCAGGCCUACUUUCUGACCAAUAUUCAUCUUCUUCCCUUUCGGUCUCUUCUUCGCGCCAUAGAGAGCUCGCUUCCCGCCGGGCCAACCGUUCUCCGCUGCCGUUGAACAAUUUGCUGCUGUCUCCGAUUAGCUUGAACAGGUUGCUCACCGCCCUUUCUGUUCCUCUCUUGCUCCGCUGAUUUCCAAUCGACGGUGGCGCCGCCCCGAAGUUCGUUCGCGGUACUUCUCAUGUCGGUCGUUUGCUGUGUUGGGAGUGACUAGUGAGUGAUAGGACAAUGAGCAAUUCUCAAGCCAUUUUUCUGCAGAAGGGCUCUUUUUGUUCUUCUUCAAUUGUCAGUCCUCAAGUUGGUCUUUGCAGAAGCAAUUAUCCACAGCUCUUAGCCAGAAAGGAACAUAAUUUACAACUAAGGAGUUUUAAGUUUCCGGGAAGACUUCAAGUGCACUGUGUGAUGGAGAAAGAAACUAAUUUGAGUUCUUCAAGAUUGGUUGACACAGUGACCGAGUCAUUGCAGGAAGCUGAUGUGAGGGAACCCAGUGUGUCCACCAUCUUGAUGAACUUUGAGAACAAGUUUGAUCCUUAUGAUGCAAUGAGUGUGCCACUAUACCAGACAGCUACAUUUAAGCAGCCAUCUGCAACAGAAAAUGGCCCUUAUGACUACACUAGAAGUGGGAAUCCUACUCGGGACGUUUUAGAAAGCUUGUUGGCAAAUCUAGAUAAAGGGGAUCGAGCACUUUGCUUUACGAGUGGAAUGGCUGCCUUAGCUGCCGUCAGUCAUCUUUUUGGAACUGGAGAUGAAAUUGUGGCUGGGGAUGACAUAUAUGGUGGAUCUGAUCGAUUGUUGUCACAAGUGAUCCCACGAAGUGGAAUCGUGGUGAAACGAGCGAAUACGAGUAGCCUGGAAGAGGUCGCCUCUGCAGUGGGGCCUCAGACAAAGCUUGUGUGGCUGGAAAGCCCAACAAACCCACGCCAACAAAUUUCAGAUAUCCGCAAAAUUGCAGAGAUAGCUCAUGCAAAUGGUGCGCUUCUUUUGGUGGAUAAUAGCAUUAUGUCUCCUGUUUUGUCACGACCAUUAGAGCUAGGGGCAGAUAUUGUAAUGCACUCAGCAACUAAAUUCAUAGCUGGGCAUAGCGAUCUUAUGGCAGGGGUACUUGUCGUCAAAGGAGAAAGGUCAGACAAUCCGAAUUCCUCGACUUUGUAUCUGCCUGUACUUGGUUAAUUAUUCAUUCAAGUUAUAGGGAAACAUUUACAUGAACAGAUAUAAUUUAAUGAUCCAUUGUAGGGCACCUUAGACUAAUUAUGUAGAUUACUGAAACACUUCAAGGGUCCGGUCUUGUCCAUUAGGCUGCAAUAAAAAUUAUUGCUAACAUUUAUGCGAAUACACAUAGAACUAUGGAAACAUUUGCUGUAUCUUAUUCUGCUAUUAAUUGAUUAAAGUGAAAUUCAUCCCCAAGAUUUUUUUCCUGGAGUGAUAGCUAACAUGCAUGAUGCAUCAUACAUACAGCCAAAUUAAUAUUCUAUGUUAAUGUUAUUUUACUUACAAUACAUAUGAUUGCUUGGACAUUUUCUUCCCAUGAGUUCCUUUCCUGAGAUCUGUGAUUCAUCCAACUUGCGGUUUCUCGUACUUCCAGCUUGGGGAGGAAGUUGUAUUUCUUGCAAAAUGCAGAGGGCUCAGGUCUUUGCCCGAAUGAUUGCUGGCUUUGUUUGCGAGUUUUGUUUGUUCAAACUGACUAUGCGCCACCCUUUGUUUGAUUGGAACAACCAAAGCCAAUUUGUUUUGGUUGUUUCAAUAUUCGCUUUGCAAACCGCUUGUGUUGGAAAUUCUAAUCUCCCUGUGUCUAUUAUGUUUGAUGUUUUCCAGGAGAAUGCACAGAAGAUAGCUGAGUUUCUUGCCUCCCAUCCACGAGUUAAAAGAGUAAACUAUGCCGGACUUCCUGAUCAUCCUGGUCGCGAACUGCACUACUCCCAGGCACACGGUGCAGGAUCAGUGCUCAGCUUCCUGACAGGAUCACUCGCUCUCUCAAAGCAUAUCGUCGAGACCACCAAGUAUUUCAGUGUGACUGUUAGUUUCGGGAGUGUGAAGUCGCUCAUAAGCAUGCCAUGCUUCAUGUCGCAUGCAAGCAUCCCUGCUGCAGUCCGAGAAGCCAGAGGUCUGACCGAGGAUCUCAUACGAAUCUCUGUCGGUAUCGAGGACGUGGAUGAUCUCAUUGCUGAUUUGGACUUCGCCCUGAAAACUGGACCGGCUGCAUAGAGCUCCCUGAAGAAGUAACCACCAGGCACCAACUCUUCCUUGCCUCUUUAAUUUCUAGUAGACUAGUAGUACACCAAUCUGCGUGUUCGGUUUUUUGUAAGAAGUGGAAUUCUUCACAUAAAUGAGCUGGUUCUCCUUUCAAUUGUGAUUACUAGUGUAUUUUAUUGACAUUAGAAAUGGAAAGAUUGGGAUACUUUUGGUCAAUCAAGAAGGAAGAAGGUUGGCCUUUCUUCAUUUUACA